AUGGAAGAAGGCCUUCAUUGUAUCCAUCCAGGAUACGGAACAGAAACCAUCCACAAGCAAGAAGGCCAUCAUCAGACUCAUCCAGGAUAUGGAACAGAUACCAUCCAGAUGGAAGAAGAACGUCAUUGUACCCAUCGGGGAUACAGAACAGCUACCAUCCACAAGGAAGAAGGCCAUCAUCAUACCUAUCCAGGACAUGGAACAGAUACCAUCCACAUGGAAGAAGGCCAUCAUCAUGCCCAUCCAGGAUAUGGAACAGAUACCAUCUACAUGGAAGAAGGCCAUCAUCGUACCCAUCUGAGUUGUGGGAGAGAUACCAUCCACAUGGAAGAAGGCCGUCAUUGUACCCAUUCAGGAUAUGGAACAGAUACCAUCCACAUGGAAGAAUACCUUCAUCGUACCCAUCUGAAAUAUGGGACAGAUACCAUCCACAUGGAAGAAGGCCCUCAUUGUACCCAUUCAGGAUAUGAAACAGAUACCAUGCACAUGGAAGAAGGCCAUCAUCAUACCAUUCUAAGACGUGGGAGAGAUAACAUCCACAUGGAAGAAGGCCAUCAUUGUACCCAUCCACGAUACGGAACAGAUACCACCCAGAUGGGAGAAGACCAUCAUUGUACACAUCUGAAAUAUGGGGCAGAUACCAUCCAUAAGGAAGAAGGCCGUCAUCGUACCCAUCCAGGAUAUGGAACAGAUAGCAUCCACAUGGAAGAAGGCCAUUAUUAUACCCAUCCAGAAUAUUGA